GUCGAGGCCCGCGCUUAGUUGGACUCCACCACAAUACAGGACACCACGACUACGACAACAAGCCAGAAUCAGUGAAAGUGCAACCGGUACCAACUGAACGCGCAUGCGCCGAACGUCGGUGUAUAAAUAAAAAGGAAAGCUGCCGGCUACCUCCCCAGACCAGUGCGCCAGCUAAACAUGGCCACGCACCGCAACUACUCCAAAUGGCUGCUGCUCGUCCUCCUCCUCGGCCUCAGUGCCAGCAGUUUAGGUUUAAGACAAAAGAGACAAGACGAUGAAGAAGGAGAUGGAAAUGAGGACCAAUCGAUAGACGAGCUCUGCAAGGACAGGCCGCCAGAUGAGUAUUUCCGUCUCACAACCAGUGGUGAUUGCAGAGAUGUUGUUAGGUGUGACAAAGCCGGAGAAAAUCUGAAGACACGAUUGGCCGGAGUGCGCUGUCCGAACGGAUUAGCGUUUGACAUUGAACGACAGACUUGUGACUGGAAAACAAAUGUUAAAAAUUGUAACCAGCUUGAGAAACCAAGGAAAGUGCUGCCUAUUCUAAAGACAGACGAGCCAGUUUGUGCUGAGGGUAAAUUAUCCUGCGGAAAUGGUGAAUGUAUAGAGAAGGAACUUUUCUGUAACGACAAACCCGACUGCAAAGAUGAAUCCGACGAAAACGCUUGUACUGUGGAAACGGAUCCCAACAGAGCUCCAGACUGUGAUCCCACUCAGUGUGUACUUCCCGAUUGCUUCUGCUCUGCUGAUGGUACAAGAAUUCCAGGAAACAUUGAACCCAAUCAGGUACCACAAAUGAUCACAAUCACGUUCAACGGCGCCAUCAACGUCGACAACAUCGACCUCUACGACGAGAUCUUCAACGGGCAGCGCCAGAACCCGAACGGCUGCCAGAUCCGCGGCUCCUUCUUCAUGUCACACAAGUACAGCAACUAUGCGGCAGUGCAGGACCUGCACCGGCGAGGCCACGAGAUCGCCAUGUUCUCGCUCACGCACAAGGACGACCCCAAGUACUGGACCGGAGGCUCCUAUGACGACUGGCUCGCCGAGAUGGCCGGAGGCCGUCUCAUUGUCGAGCGAUUCGCCAACAUCACCGAUGGAUCGAUAAUCGGAGUGCGAGCACCGUACCUGCGAGUGGGAGGCAACAAGCAGUUCGAGAUGAUGGCCGACCAGUACUUUGUGUACGACGCGUCGAUCACCGCGCCACUGGGCCGAGUGCCCAUCUGGCCGUACACACUCUACUUCCGGAUGCCACACAAGUGCAACGGAAACGCGCAGAACUGCCCGAGCCGAAGCCACCCGAUCUGGGAGAUGGUGAUGAACGAGCUCGACCGUCGUGACGACCCCACCUUCGACGAGAGCCUGCCCGGUUGCCACAUGGUCGACUCCUGCUCCAACAUCCAGACCGGCGACCAGUUCGCCCGCCUCCUGCGUCACAACUUCAACCGCCACUUCAGCACAAACCGCGCGCCCCUCGGUCUCCACUUCCACGCCUCCUGGCUCAAGAGCAAGAAGGAAUUCAAGGAGGAGCUCAUCAAGUUUAUCGAGGAGAUGCUCGACAGGAACGAUGUCUACUUUGUCACCAUGCUACAGGUUAUCCAAUGGAUGCAGAACCCGACUGAGCUGACCUCACUGAGGGACUUCCAGGAAUGGAAGGAGAAGUGCGACGUGAAAGGACAGCCCUACUGCUCUCUGCCCAACCCUUGCCCACUCACCACCCGAGAGCUGCCCGGACAGACCAUCCGCCUGUUCACGUGCAUGGAGUGCCCCAACAACUACCCCUGGAUCCUCGAUCCUACAGGCGACGGCUUCUCCGCCAAAUAAUUCCACCGUGCUUUCCAGUUGGAAAUUAAGAGACUGUAAUAUUGUUCUAGUAGUGUGAAAAGCGGUAGACAUUCUACGAGCAGAGCACUUGAAUGACCGAUCGAAAUGUGGUAGGAGUGAAUGAAUAGAAAGAACGAGUGGCCUGCAGCUGUGGUCACAAAUAGCGGAGUCACUUUGAAAUUCUAAGAAUACACAAAAUGAUUCAAGACUAGCCUUUCGGUUGAUAAACCGUACUUCCAUCACAGAUUUGGAUAAUAAUCUACAAUCUGACAUUGUUGUAACCCAAUUGUUCGUAAAUAAGAUCAAACAACGAUAUUCAAAUGCUUUUAAAAUUAUACUGGAUUAAAAAUUCAAAUUUUAAAACUUAAAAAGAUCCUUAAAUAGAGAGGAUCAUUCAAAUGGUUCAGUUAGAAUAAAACUAGUUUACUACACAAAAAAAAUGAAAGCUACCAUUUAAUCAACAUUAUAAUCCAGUCUCGUUUCUAGUCCAGGUAUUACAUUCUAAACCUGUAAAUGGAGUGGGGAGAGUAGCCUACAUAAUAUCGCUGUGAACUAACCUCUCCUCUACUUCUGACAAUAUGAAUAGAAAACAUUACAUUGAAAACUUACAUUUUUGCGUAAAAACUGUUUUUGAUUGUAGAAAUACAAUUCAAAUAACCUCUUAUCGUCUCGAAUAAGUUGACUUUGUACAAAUGUAUUACUAUUUAAUAAUCGAAUAUUUGUAUUUAAAAUUUUAUUCUUUGUUCGAGAGAAAUCCUGAAGUGAUAUUUUGUUAAUAAAAAUUUAGUGGUAAAUGAGA